ACGUUGGCCGCGAGAAGCCCACGUUGGAGUCGGAUGCCAUUUUAUUAGCGAGGAGAACCGGAGAGUCCGCUGCCAGAUUUUCAGGAGGAGAAAGGAGGAGAAGAGGGACGAGAGCUUAUCGGGAGAAGGCGGCCCCAGGAAGGAUCGACGACCUCGGCGCAGUAUGGAAGGAACUGGAGGAAAAGAGGGAAGAGCAAAGCCAGUCUAGUAGUCGAGAGAGAGAGAGAGAGCUAACGAUGGUGUAUAAUUUGAGAACUCGGAGCAUACGCCAGAUGCUGUAUUGAAAUAAUGUAUUCAACCUUUAUUUAUCAUAUAUUCUGUUUAAAAAAAACAUUUUACACGCAAAAGACGAAUAAUAUAAUUAAUUUUUAUUGCAAUGACCAGUAAAAAUGUGCCUUCAAUUUUUCCGAAAUAUCACACCUUCGGUUGUCAAAGUAAAUACCUUUUUUGGAAUGUGCACUAUUGCAAUUUUUUUUAUCUUAAAGAACAUUGUUUCAAGAGUAUCCAGUUAAAUUUUUAGGUUAAAAUAUUAAAAAUGGAAGUUAUUGAAUUUUAAGUAAAAAACGGCAUUUUCUGAGCUUCUUUCUACAUUUUAAUUUUUUAAAAUUAUUGCAAUCAUUACUUAUGGCUCAGACCAAGUUUAUCCUAUUUGUUAAUGUUAAUAUAACAUGUCUAAUUUUUUACAACAUCAAAAAAUGAAUAGUAUCAUUGCAGCAAUUGUUUAAACUAGCGGGGGUCAGAUUGACCCCAUGUGUAGCGUAUAUCUCAAAUAGAUAGUGUGUAGUUUAAAUAGUUUCAGAAAUUGGGAAAACAUAAAAAGUUAAACCGGGAUUAAACUGCAUUAAUAGAAAUGGGCAUAAAGAGUCGGUUUCUUAUCGCUUCGCUGACACUGAUUUGACUUUAGAAACCACUUGUCACCGGCGAUCCUAAUAAGUUGCUUGCGUAUGCCAAACUGCAGAGUGAAUCGCAGGUGAGAAAGUGUCCACGCGAGAAUCGACGAGCAUGACCGUCAAACUGAAGCUGAAGGACGUGAAGGACAAGCUGAGGGAGGAUACUCUGGACCUCAGCUUGUGCGACUUGGAGGAAGUGCCUGUGCGAGAAAUCGCAUCUCUUAGGAAAGCAACAAAUGUCAAUUUAUCAACCAAUCUUUUGGUUUCGUUGCCGACCACUUUUGUUACCUUGAAACAAAUUGUAGUACUAGACCUCAGCAGGAACAUGUUGGUCGAGCUUCCCGAGAAUUUUGGCGAGAUGACGCAGUUGAGACAUUUGGAUUUGUACGCCAACAAGAUCAGCAGAUUACCUCUGAGUCUGAGCGAAUUGAAAAACCUCAGGUGGCUGGAUCUCAAGGAGAAUCCCUUGACCGAGGCGGUAGCCAGUGUUGCGGGACCGUGCAGUAACAUGCGCGAGUGCCAGGCGUGCGCUCGCAACAUCGUCACAUAUCUGUCCAACGUCAAGCUCGUCAUCGAAGAGGAGAGAUUACGUAGAUCCAAUUGCGUUACAGGCGACGCGAUCAAGGAGGUGGCGGGCGCGAAGAAGGAGGGCAAGAGGAAGAGAAAGAGGAACACGGAGAUGGAGAAGACGAACGGGAGUAAGACCGACUCUCCGACGCAGAGCGAGGCGUGCUCGCGGGACAAUAACGAUAGCGUAAGAUUAACGGGAUCGUCGUCCGACGACGCGUCCGCCUGUAAAUCGUACAAAUCCACAGGCACCGGGCUGUGCCGCUCUCUCACCUGCGUGAUCGUGUGGUUCUUCGUCAUCAGCUUGUUGCUCACCGUCGCGCUGACGUUACUCUCGUGGCGCUACGAGCGGCAGACUGACACGUUUCUGCAGAACGCGCAGACGUUGUCCGGCCUGCCGUUGAAGAAUUAUCAUCGGCAGACGACGGAUUGUUUGCAGCGCAUAAUAAAGAUCGCGGCCGCACAGUUCAAGUCGGUCGUCGAUGUGGUGAGGGAUUUUGCGCAGCUCCAGAGUGACACGAGCGAGGCGGAGAGAGAGCUGUAAAAGCCCGUUUCAAUUGCGGAGGUCAGUACGACCGGAGGAGCCAUCUGAGUGAAAUCACCGAAACAAUGCAUUUUCAGAUUUUCUUAUAUCAUGAAAGUUUAUUUUCGUCGAAAAAUGAACGAAUAAAGAUAUAUUCCUGGUAAAC